CAGCUAUGAUUCCAUGUAAAAUAUUUUAUUUUUCAUUAGAUACAAACCAGUUGGUGGCAGCCAUGGAGUGUUGACUGACAAAAUGCAACUUUGGGAUGAUCAAGCUUCAUUUGAAAAUGGUACUCUACCAGUAUUUGACUUUCAUGAGCUGCUGCAAGAUGAUAAAGUACUCUAUAAGUGGCUUGUAACACUUGCCUGUGAGACUGGAAUUGCCAAGUUAGAAAAUAUACCCAUGGAAAGGCAACAGUUGAGCCGCUUAGGAGACAGAGCAGGAUAUCUCUUGUCAACAAAUUACGGGUAAAUAGAAUUAUUUGUUCUUUUGACGCUGCAAAACCAUUUUCCAAGUCCACUAUACGUUACAUUAGAAAGGGUAAGAGUCAUAUUUUGAAGUUAAUUGUUAGCUUUUCAAAGUUAUUAUAAUUUUAUUAUUGCAAAGUUUUUAUGCACUAAAACUGAAGCAUAGAAUAAGCUAGUAAAAAUCAUCGAAAACUUUCAAAUGCGAUUUGAAAUUUGCGGUUAGCAGUCUUUCGUACAAACAUCGAUCUUACCCUCCCUAAUAUUAAACUUUAUAGUAACCUCUAGUAUUUAUUUUUUAGGAUUUGUUAUGACAUUAAAGCAUACAGUCAAGACGUUGCUCGGGAUAUUGGUUACACCACUACAUCACUGCCAUUACAUUCAGACUAUGUCUUUAUCACCUCACCACCAGCGGUAAGUAAUAAUGUACGAAUAAUGUCCCGGGCCCACUUCAAAGAACUAUAGAAUCAAAUCUUCAACUCUGUUACGCUACAUAUGAUGAUUCAAAAAGUUAAAUAAAAUUUAGUGUUAUUCUAGACAAAUUCUAGACAUAAUUUCGGUCUUGAAAAUAGACCUUAUUCACCAACAUGGCUGCCGAAUAACUGAUAUUCUUUUAUACUAUAAUAAAAUUAGCUCUUAUGUAUUUUUGUCAAUAUGAUCUAUGUAAAAUAUGAUUGUCACUAAAAUGAGUAAAACACACUUUCUUUCCUUAAGACGUAGCCUAUUUUCCAUAUUUUUUCUGCCUACCUCAAAUAUUUUCUCGGACGAAUGGUUCCGUGUGGUCUGCCAUAUUUUUGCAGCACUGGUUUAACUAUUUUAAACUUGUAAAAGGUUUAUUGAAUGGCAUUCAUUUGUGUUUCAUUUCUCCAGAUCGCCAUGUUCCACUGUCUGUUUCAAACUAAAUCUAAGGGUGGUGUGAAUCAAUGGAUCGAUGGUUUCCAUGCUGCACACAGGCUUUGGGAGGAAGAUCCAGAAUCAUUUGACAUUCUAACUAAAACACCAAUUGCUUAUCGAAACAUUACCAGAACUGAAGUUGGCGAGUUUCAUAAUACAUCAAAUCACCGUCUUAUCAGGUUUGAAUAAAUUUUAUUCUGAAACGCACGCAGAGUCACCAAUAUAGGAUUCCGAUUUGCGGAACGCGCGAUGUUUAUUUGGUAACGGAUAACGGAAUAAAUUAUCAAUAAUUGUGGGACCAGGAGUUGUAUUGAAAACAACUGUUAUAUUGUGGACACCCUGAAAGUAUUAUUGUAUAUAAUGAUAGCCAAACCAGUUGUGGGUCAUAAAAACUGAGAACCCCGCGCUUAUUCGUCUUAUGUACGAAUGUAGAAGUAUUGCUAGAAAAUAAAUGAGAUUUAAAUUUUCUUGCUCCUCUAUAUGCGUCAUCAUUUUGGAACCACCGUUUGCUGCUAGUAUCGGUUAAUAUUGUAACCCAGCAAUACAUGUUUAAUUGAACUAUAUAUUAACAUAAUUUCUUUGUCUGUUACUAGCCUGCUACGGUGAAGCCCUUUCAGUCCUAGCUUUCUUUCUCGCUCUCCCUCGGCAACACAUUACUGAACAUAUUAAGUAAACAUAAUUUCUUUGUUUAGUCUGGACGCUGCUGGCAAACUGUCCCAAGUGGGUUACAGUGAUGAAUUCCGUGAUCGACACAUGCCGCUAGAACCAAAAAACAUGAAGGCAUUUUAUAAAGCUUACAUUCGUUUUACACAACUACUGCUUGAUAAUAAAUCAUCAUUCUGGUAUAAGAUGAAAAAUGGCGACGGCAUCUGUGUAAACAACCAUCGUGUUCUUCACGCUCGCAACGGAUAUGAAGAUAGCACAGACAACAACAGAGUAUUUCAACUGGCUUACAUGGACUGGGAUUGUGUUCACUCGAAGAUAAGAAUUUUGUCUGAACAACAAGGAAUACCAUCUCCUGUUUAAUGAACUGAAAUGAAAUCUUUGCUACCUAGAACUUUGGAAGCUUAUACAGACUGUCCUAUUCGUCAUCGCAGGCAUUAAAUCAAUAAUAAUAUAUAAAUCAUUUUGGUUGGACCAAAAUACAUUGACUGAUACAAUCUUGGACACAAUGGUUGAGAUUAUUCUUCAAAUGUGGCAAAACGUUGAUGUACAUUGACAAAACUGAGUUAAACGUCCUGGUCCCACGUUCAAUGUUGCAGACAGCCAUCAAACGAGUGAAGACAUUGAAAUGGGAAAGCGAGGUUUUGAACACUGGAACAUGUUGUAAUUGAGGGGAAGUUACCAAGAGGUUACGGUUACCACUGAGUAAUUUUAAAAAAUACAAAACAAUGGACACUCCGAAAACGGUUAACAUUUUGAUUCGACGUUUCGACUAGCUUGCAGUCAUCAUCAGGAAUGACGCUACUAAGAAAUACAAAACUAUAUAUACAAGAUCAAAUUAAUGAAAUAUGAUAUCUGUUAGUUAAAAAUUAUGAGUUCCUUAGAGGCUUUACAUCCGUGGUUAAGUUCCGGUCUCUGGCGAUGAAUAUAUAGUGAUUCUUUGAAAAUAAAAAGUGAUUCUUUGGUCUUUAUUACUUUUCAAAGAAUCACUAUAUAUUCAUCGCCAGAGACCUGAACUUAACCACGGAUGUAAAGCCUCUAAAGAACUCAUAAUUUUUAACUAACAGAUAUCAUAUUUCAUUAAUUUGAUCUUGUAUAUAUAGUUUUGUAUUUCUUAGUAGCGUCAUUCCUGAUGAUGACUGCAAGCUAGUCGAAACGUCGAAUCAAAAUGUUAACCGUUUUCGGAGUGUCCAUUGUUUUGUAUUUUUUA